AUGGAGAAAUAUUUCAAAAGAACCUCAUCAUUGGAGAUUGGAUUCCAAAACAAUUCAUCGACUUCUUCUAAUAAAAGGAGGUUUUUAGAAUUCGAAGUAGAUAAUCUUAUAGCAGAUCCAGGACAACGACCAAAGAUUUCAAGUUAUCACCCGAAUGACAGAGACAAAGUUAGAUGUGCAUAUUUGCAAAAAGGUCCUUGUCAACCAAGGACUCACGAUUUUCUGCAAACUGCUUGUGGUUCUUCUUUUCGAAGAUUUAAUCCUAAUUGGUUUGAUGACUAUGGCAACUGGUUAGAGUAUAGUAUAUCAAAAGAUGCUGUUUUUUGUCUUUGUUGUUAUCUUAUGAAACCUGAGACUGAAGGUGGUGAUGCUUUUGUAACUACUGGCUUUUCAAAUUGGAAAAAAAAGGAGAGACUACAAAUUCAUGUUGGGAUUCAUGAUAGCGCUCAUAAUCAAGCUUGGAGAAAAUGUGAAGCACUUAUGAGACCAAAACAACACAUCACUGCUGCUAUUAAAAAACAAUCUGAGCAAGCUAAAAAGAAUUAUCAAAUUCACUUGACAGCAACAAUUGAUUGUAUUAGAUUUCUUUUGCGACAAGGAUUGGCCUUUCGUGGUAAUGAUGAGACAGAUGAUUCUGUUAACCAAGGAAAUUUUUUGGAACUUCUAAACUUUCUUGCUCAACAUAAUGAAGAGAUUGGUCGUGCUUUCAAAAAUGCUCGUGGGAAUCUUAAACUAAUAGCACCCUCAAUUCAAAAAGAUAUUGUAAGAGCUGCUGCAAGGGAAACGACAAAAGUUAUUGUAGAUGAUCUUGGGGAUGAAUUAUUUGCUGUAUUGGUUGAUGAAGCCCGUGACAUUUCUAUUAAGGAGCAAAUGUCAGUUUGCUUAAGGUAUGUGAACAAAGAAGGACAAGUUAGGGAGCAUUUUCUUGGUCUUGUUCAUGUUUCUAAUACUAAUGCUUUAUCUCUAAAAUUAGCAUUGGAGUCAUUAUUAGAAACAUAUAAUUUAAGUUUAUCAAGAGUACGUGGACAAGGAUAUGAUGGUGCAAGUAACAUGCAAGGAGAAUUUAAUGGUUUGAAAACUUUGAUAUUGAAAGAAAAUUCUUAUGCUUUCUAUGUACAUUGCUUUGCUCACCAACUUCAGUUAGCUCUUGUAACGGUUGCAAAAAAACAAGUUGAAAUUGCUUUGCUUUUUAAUUUGUUAACUAAUUUGUGCAAUGUUGUUGGAGCUUCGUGUAAACGAAGAGAUAUGCUUCGUGAUAGUCAAAUGACUAAGACAAUUGAAGCACUAAAAAAUGGAGAAAUUUCUAGUGGGCGUGGUUUGAAUCAAGAAAUAGCUUUAAAAAGAGCUGGAGACACUAGAUGGGGUUCACACUAUGGAACUAUACUUAGAUUAAUUUCUUUAUUUCCUUCUGUGGUUAAUGUUCUUGAAUAUGUUGAGGAAGAUGGAAAUAAUUCAGAACAAAGAGCUGAAGCAUGUCAUUUAUUGAAUGUCAUUCAAUCCUUUGAAUUCAUUUUCAACUUGCACUUGAUGAAAAAUAUCUUGGGAGUUACUAAUGAGUUAUCUCAAGCGUUACAAAGGAAUGAUCAAGACAUUGUAAAUGCUAUGGCAUUAGUCAAAGUGUCUAAGCAACGGUUGCAAAAUAUAAGAGAUGAUGGCUGGUCUCUUUUACUUGACGAAGUCUCACUGUUUUGUGACAAACAUGAUAUUACUGUUCCAAUCAUGGAUGAUAUAUUUGUGUCACAAGGAAGAUCAAGACGCAAAGCUCAAAAGAUAUCAAAUUUGCAUCAUUUUCAAGUUGAGAUAUUCUAUCAAGUAGUUGAUAGACAACUUCAAGAACUCAAUAAUCGUUUUACAGAGGUAAAUACUGAAUUGCUUCUUUGCAUAGCUUGUUUGAAUCCAAGACACUCAUUUUUUGCAUUUGAUACGGAGAAGUUGAUCCAGUUAGCUCAAUUCUAUCCAUUAGAAUUUUCUUCCACUCAACUUUUGGCACUUGACAGUCAACUUGAGAACUUCAUACUAGAUGUGCGUUCUGAUGAUCAAUUCUCAGACUUAAAUGGAAUUGGUGCUCUUUCUCAGAAGUUGGUUGAGACUCGAAAAAAUAUUGUUUAUCCAUUAGUGUUUCUUCUUUUGAAGUUAGCUUUAGUUUUGCCCGUAGCAACUGCAUCAGUUGAAAGAACUUUUUCUGCUAUGAACAUCAUAAAGAGUCGACUUCGGAACCGUAUGGGAGACGAAUUUUUAAAUGAUUGUUUAGUGACAUACAUAGAAAGAGAGACAUUUGAUUGUAUUGACAAUGAAAAAAUUAUUCAAUCUUUUCAAAAUAUGAAACCUAGAAGAAUGGAAUUCUAA